UAUAAGUACUAUGUGCGUAAGGAUGUGUAACUUGGGUGCUAAAUUUCAGCGUAUAGUCAUUUCCUGAUCUUCUUAUUUUCACUACCUUUGGUGAACUUUGUAAUUGACUUAUUUCAUUUCUUUCAUUAUGAGUAGCACAUUUCUAAUUUUACUCUGACAUUUACAACAAGUAGCACUGAUUGGAUCAUGUUUCCUUUAGUUUUGUGUAGAAAAAAUAUCUUGUUUGCGUCUGACCUGCUGACAGUAAUUUUUAUCUUAGAUUUAAUUUAAUUUUAGCAGUUAAUCUUGUGUGCUGUGCAUGUUUAUUUUCGAUGAUUUAAAAUUAAUUAAGGUCGUAUUAGGCCCUAUAAAUCUACACAAAUAUAGUACUAAAAAUAUAUGCACAAAAAGUAAUUUAAAGUUUCUUCUAUUGUGUGCAACAAGUUUGAUUUCUAGACAAUUGCUUUUCUCAUCCUUAUUGAUGUGAUUGUAAGGAGCCCACACAUUUAGUCACAGUUGCAGACAGCAUUGAGGCCCACACAGCCAACUUUCACUUCACAAAAACCCAUUGAGUUUGAGAGAAAAGAGUAUUCCCCCAAAUGUCACCGGAGACGCGCCCUGUUGGCGGAGCUUGAGUGCGUGUCUCUCUGUGGCCUUGUGCUAGAUGCUAAACACAUUUCCCUGUCUGAUUAGCUUUUCACUUGAUGGAGGUUGACAAGUUAGACAAGGUUAGCCUGCAAUUGACUGUGGCUGGUUGUAUUCUCUUCAUUUUCAGUCAGUUUCGGAGCUUAAAAAGAUGUACUUACAGCCCUGAAAGAACAGCAUAUGUGGUGUGUGGUAAUUAAACUGCUAUUACCAUUUGAUUGCUUCAUUAUAUUCAAUUUUCCUCCCCCGUGCUUCUCUGGUUUACACUUCUGUAUUGGCGUUCGCUGAUGAGAAUUAACAUCUGAAGUAGCAUUGUACUAAUAUUACCUUAUGUGAGCAGAUCCAGUCACAAGAGGUCAUAGGCUAGUCUAGUGUUUGUGCCAGUCCCAAGUCUGCACAUAAAUGUUUUGUCAGAACUGCAUUUAUACCUAGUUAAUACACAUUUCGCCGUAGGUGGUAUAUGUAGUGGCAAAAAUAUACAAUAUUUUACUAUGUAUUACACAUUUUCAUAAAAACUACAUAUCUUGAGUUGCUUGUCAGUUAAUUCUUGACAGUGGGAGAAUUGUUUGUUCAAAUGCACAUGAUCGGUUUUAUGAUAUUUUUAAUGGAAAAUGCUGACUUAUAACUUGACCUGAUCUUGCUAUAUACUUUCCCCCAGCCAGAUAGAUAUAUUAAAUGCAAUACUGUGGAACAUUCCAGACAAAGCAGUAUCAUAUUUAUGGAGACAAUGGCAGACCAUCCACCUAGAAAGUUACGUAGUGAACCUUUAAUAGUUCCUUUAAGCAUAUAUUUAGAACAAUUGUGAGCAAUGUUUUCCCAUCUAUAUCUAUUCUAAACUAGCAGUCUGAACUCUCAAUUUUAUCAAACUCUUUGCUUGCAGGUAUAAAUAAAGUUACCUGAACUUGAACCUGAAGCAUUAUUAUAACUCACUGUUCCUCAGUGUCAUUUCUCAAUUUUACCCCAAGUCACCUAGCUUGCCACCCCUCUGUUCUGUAGAUACACUGUCUGCCUUGGCUCUUGUCCUGGUUUAGCCUUUCUCGCGCGCUGUAGUUUUUUAGACACGGCACUGUGAAUGAACUCUCCUAAUAAGCUGUACCCGCCAUGCCAGCACUCCACCUCACUUCACCAGCUGAAUCAUUCAAAUCAAACCCUUCUGUGCUCUCCCGCCGUGCCCUCUCUACCCCCCAUCCCCUAGCUUUCACAUGUAAACUUACAAAUAGAAGAAAACUGUGUUGUUUUUCUUAAAUAUGUGAUAGAUUUGAGGUUUAGCUUUGACUCAGACGCUGUAGAAAAAGUGUGUAGGAUGGAGUUCCAUACCACGUCCCUCCCCAAAUCAACCGUCUCCUCCAACUAAAGAAAUUAAACCAGCCAAAUCAGUCUAAUUAUAUGAAUAUUGCAUUGUAUUGUUGAAUAUUCUCUACUCCCUCCACAAGCUGCCUCUCAGACUAUAUAGCCAGACGGUAUAUGAUAUAUGUAUGCAUGUUUGUAUACUGAUUAAAAGCAAGUGGGCGGCAGAAAGCAACUGGUCUGCCUGCCUGUGUAGCUCGGCAUAGCAUGUUUCACAGUGCUAGAUAUUACUCAUUUCCUUAGCCCUUUUUGCACACACACAAUUCACACACACACACACACUUCAGUACGGGCUUUCUCUCCCUUACUUCACUUUGGUGGGCUGCUACACAGAUCAGAAGGAGCAGGUUUAUGUUGAAGUCUAGUAGGAUUUUUACUCUACGGGAGGGGGCAUUGGAUGGGGUAAUAAACUUUGGGAAUUGGAGUGAACUGGUGACAGCUUUGGGGCUUCUACUGCAAGAAAGGUGAGUGCUGCUUCAGUGCACAAGGCUCCACAGUGAUCGCACAGGGAUGCUCCUCUAUCGCCGCCCGUUCUUCUCCCGUGAGGCUCAUGUGACCUAGCCACACCCACUCUCAGGGGGCCACACCCACUCACAGGGGGCCCUCCUCCGCUGGAGCCCAUCCAUGAAUCCCAGUCCCGAACGCGGCAAAGAGUGCCUCCCCCCCAAGAAGAGGGAGUCUCGACAAGGGUCUUCAGAUCUGCCCCUGGAUGAGUUCAAACCCCCUGUGCCACUACGGGUUAGGCCCAGCACAGGGAGGGGGGAGGGGGCCAGAGAGGCCAGUGACAGGGUCCUGACUAACCCCAACAGCCACCUCCUCCACACCCCUCCUCCUCUGCCCACUCCUGCCCCCAGCUUACCCCUGCCGCUGCCAUGGCACCUGGGCUACUCCCCAUCAGUGUCCCUGCCCCUGUUCUCUGGGCAGGUGGAGAGGAGGGGGGCGGGCUCUCCGGCCUGGAGAGAUGACCCUUUGACCUCAACUUUACCUCACCACUCUCGCUGGAACAGAGGGGAGGGGCUCCUGUCACUGCCUCCCCCUCCAUCCUCCUCCUCUUCCUCAUUUAAAGCCCCCUUCCCCGCAGAUUCCAGGGAGAUGUGGUCCUACAUGAACAGUGGCCGCAGGGAUUACAGCUCGUCUCUGUUCCCCCCGUCCUACCUGUUUGGGCACCACUCUCUGUACUCACAGGACACAGCCUUAGCUGAUCCCAGACACAGGUAUGCGGGAAAGAGGCCCAAUGGUCUGGAUGGUCCUGGCAGCAGGACUGCCACCUCCUCCAAGCCUCUGCUGGGAGAAUAUGGGAACGAUAGCAGCCGGCUGGACAUCAGUCCACACAGCACUCACACCAACGGAGCGCGCAGACACCAAGAGAAUCUGUCCUCUCUGUGCCCGUCUGCAGGGCUCUUCCUGAGUGAUUCGGCUGCUCAGGAAGAGCCACAUUCCUCCCUGCAGGACACACAUGGACAUGCCCACGUACACUCACACGGACAAACACACGGACAUGCACACGCACUAGUGAAGAGCAGCUCCAGUCUGCUCUCUCCCAGUGGCCAUCCUCUCGGAGCAGACACCCGGGUGGGGAGAGGGGACCUGUUAGACCCUUUAGGGGUUUCAACAGCCGAAGCACAGGUUUAUUACUCUUUAGGAAUGUCUCAGAACUAUCCCCUCUACAGCCCCUCAGGUACCCCUCUGUACAACCUGCACAGGGACCCCGGGCCUAGGCAGCACGCCGUCCGGAGCACCCCCCACUCACCUCUGGGUGUGUCCAACAAUCACGAGCGGCCCCAAAGAGACAGAGAACAGGAGAGGGACAGAGACAGAAGUAAGGACAAAGACAAGCACUUACCACAGCACAGAGACCAACAGAGGGACAGUGAGCCCGAGCGGAGACGGGACAGGGCAAGGGGAAGGGACCUGUCUCCUGGCCGCGCUCACUCGUCGCCCCCUGCACUCCUACCUCACUUCACCAAGGGGUCUUUGAUCGAGCUGGCCGGAGGGCGGCUGAAGCGCGUGGAGGAGCUGAGGACUGAGGACUUCCUGAGGAGCGCAGACACCUCUCCAGACCUGCACCUCAGCACCUGCAAAGUCCUGCUCAUCUCCCCCAGCAGCACCCAUGGGUUCAGCCACAUGCAAGUGCACCUCACCGACCGCAACACUCAGGAGUUACUGAAGGUUCUGGUGGAGUACCCGUUCUUCGUUCGGGACAGGGGCUGGUCUUCUUGCUGUCCACAGAAAACCCUGCAGCUGUAUGGUCUUUCGUGUCGCCAGCUCUCCGAGGGGGAUGUGUGUCUGGCCCUCACCCCGACCCCUACCCCCACUCACCGGGCGCGUCCCAGGCCCCACCGCACCCAGUCCUCCUCCUCCUCCUCCAGAACGCACAGAGAGGACAUGCCCCCUCCGCCUCCUCCUCCGCCCCUUCCUCACCACACCCCCACCACCGUCCCACCACCAACUCCGCGCUCCUUGGUCACCUCAGAGACGGACAGCAGGGGGCAGUCUCGUCCACGUAAGCGGCGCUGGUCUGCCCCCGACACCUUCCCCUCCACUGGAACUGAAAAAAGCGUUUUGGAUUUACCUCAAGGCUCAAAGCUGAUGAAGUGGCAGUAGAAUAUUGCACAUUUUAGCACACACACAAACACACACCCUGCUUGUUACUCUCAAACUUGGGAGAACACAAGGUGGGGUUGCAGGGAAGGAAUUAAUGUCAUGAUUUUUACGGGUGCCCAAAAUGAUUAAAACCACCUUAGCUCAGUCCUGAGAGGAGCAGUUGAAGAUGGCUCUUUAGAGACACGUUUAGUGAGACAAUCAAAGCACUUGUCUGUGUUCACUGUUUUUGUAAUGGUUGUCCCACACACCUACUUAACAACAGUGAUUCGGCAGGGUAUCGAUUUUCAACCAGUGUUAAGGCUAUGGAACAAGUGCAUAUAAAUAUACAUAUGAAGACUAUACAGUAUAUAUAUAUUACAUUACUGAUGUUGUAUACAGUAAAUAUGCUAAACUAAUGCAAUCUCUGUCAGUAUUGCAAUGCAUUUGUUUUAUUUUUUUUUUAUUUUUUCUUGCUUUGAAGCCGCUGAGUCGGCCUGGGUAGGCAAGAUGAAUGUAUAAGCAACUCUUUUCGCCUUUUUCUUCUCGUCACCAGGAGUCUUUGCAGUCCAGCGUUCAUCAAGGCAUUACCGUCCAAUCUGUUCUUAACAUUGUCUCUAGGAAAAAGGGAGAACACUAAUGAAAACUGCGUAACAGACAAUCCCACCCACACAGUCAGGCAGGCAGGCAGACCGCGCUGUGUCACAUCCUCCUCACUCGUGGUGUUUUUCCAUUAAAACUUACGGAUGGGAAUAGUAGAAGUGGCUUAAUAGUAAUGGUGCUAAUAACACGUUGGAACAGGAUGCUUUGUGAAUGCUCUCGACCCCUGUGUUCUGUUCCCAUCUCAUUUGACGUACUGUAUGUCGGAAGGCAGGGACACGAUGAAAGUAUUUUAAAAUCAGAUACGGGUAUAUCCUCUGAUUCAGCACACUCUCUCACUUUAGUUCUUGUGUUUUUUUAUUUGGAAAUUUGACCUGUUGAUUUGUUUUCUUUUUAAAUGUAAUAGCUACAAAAAUGUAUAUUUUUAAAAUUGUGACUCUGUUUUAUGAUGUUCGCUAGAAAUAAAAAACAAAAAGCUUUAUAGA